UAAUUGAAAAUAGUAAAAUUAUUCAGAAAUUUAGCAAAAUGACCAUGAGGAACCACGAACUUCAUUUAAAGGGCAAAAGUACACAGAUCUCAGUUUAUUACAAUAGUUUGAACUGUAGCCAGAAGGAGAAGGCUAGGUCUGAUCAUCUCCUAGUCUACCUUAGCUCGAAAGAUUUCUUAGGGCUCCAUGGUACUAAAAAUUCCAGGCAAGGUCUAGUCAAGUUCAAUUUUGUGGACGUCAAUCAAAUGAUGAUUUCUAAGAAGCCUAAUGAAAAUAUUCGUCAAAAUUUACUAGAGUAUUAUGGCUUGAAGAAAAUUGACGGAGAGGUUUGUUUACCUCAGAUUGUGCUCAAUGAAUACAAACUGAAGAAGAAACCUAUCCAGACCUUGAAGAGAAUCAAGCAAGGUUCCAACUCAGCAGCUCCCUCUCCAAGGGAGGAUUAUGGUCUUAUUGGAUCUCAGAAAGGCGGGUUUAGCGAAGCUAGCGAAAUCUCAACACCAAGAAGCAAGAAAAUUGGUCUUCCCUCUCAACAAUCAACCAAUUGUUUCAAGAGAAGAUCAAGUUUUCAGGAAGGUCAAGGUGAAAAGUUUGCAGAAGCCAAAAGAAUCUGGAUCUGAGACUAUAAGUCAUCUGUUUAUCUUAUGGACUGCAAAAUUUUCAAGGAUGUGCUUUUAGAGAAGAGAUGACCUCAUUAUAGGCUAUACAAAAGAGUGCCUAUUUAUUCCUACACUAAAGGAAAUGAAAAUGAUUUGGCUACAAGCCAGUGCUCAACCUGCUAUUUGGCCAAAAAUCCAAGUUCCAGGUAUAAUCUUGUGGUUAUUGGGCAUUUCAUGAGAAAUGACUGUAGAGAGCUCCACGAAAUCUGCACUGCUCUAGAAGAAAAUAAGGUUUACUACCACAGGAUUGACAAGGAUAACCUUAACUCUCAGUCAGAUGUGAACUUCAUCAAAAAAGCUCACAAAAUUGAAACCAAAUAUUUUCCCAACGAAGAGCCCGACUUCAGUAUCUACCUCUUCGGCCUAAAAAUCUCCCCUGAAACCAUACAGUCAGCUUUGCUCCCGAAUGGGAAUUUGUUACAGUCAAUAAUCUCGAAGCAUAGGUGUACGUUCUGUUUUAAGCAGUGUCAGAAGAGGAGAUCUGGGAGGGAAGGAAGGGGGAAGAAGGAUUCGUUACCGAUUUGUAAGGCGUGUGUGGCCAAGGGAUUGCAUAAGUGUGAUGGAAGGUAUUAUACAGCGGAAGUGGCCUGUAGUGUGGUAUCGAAAAUACUAUCUAAACAAGUCGCCAAACCCAAAAAUACCUCUUCUAAAGUUCCUUGGAUUAUUCGUGAUUUCAGCACCCAGAAGAAAGCUCCUCUAUCCUGCCGACAUCUCGGCACCCCUAACACAGGGAGACUUCCCCACUCAACCACGGAAGACCUAGAUAGUGAGAAUGUAAAUCUUAUCAAAAUUGACAAGAAGAAGAUGCACUUUGAGUUCCCAGGUUAACAAAUCUU